AUGGUGGGGCACGAGGUCGACCCUCCCCCCUUUCCGCGCCCUCCCUCCCUCCACCACGCGCAGAGCGCAUCCGUGCUUGAGGCGUUCGUCGUCAUGGUGUGUCUGUCACACUGCAGCCCUGUCAUGCCGAUCUCUCUGCUUCUAUCCUUCCCUUCUCUGCGUUACCUCCUUGCCGCCUUCGCUCCCAAACGCAUACACAUGCCCGCCAUCACGGCAACAACUGACUUCCUCCCUUCCUCCAGCGAAGAGUGGGUGCACCUCUGCCUCUUGCCAUCCGCGUCUCCCCAGCUGCCUUCUCGCCCCACGUCUUGCCCUAGAUCUCUCUGUGCGGCAGCCAUCAGCGCCGCGCUGACAGUCCUCGUUCGUCUUUUCCGCCGGCGCUUCGCUUCGCGUUACAGCGCGCCGCCUCUGCCGCCUCCUGUGCUCUCUCUGCUCUUUUCUACUUAUCUCAUCUCCUACCCUCCCCAUCGUCCUUGCUGGCAUCGACAACGCUACAUGGAGAACAAGGCACCAGGGACGGCGCCGCGGCCGGAGGGGUAUGCCUCCGCGUCCAACGCCCAGGGGCAUGAGAACUUCUUCCGCCCAAGGCAAAAACUAGGGACACAUAACAUCCAGCGGGCAGGCCUGCGUUCUGCCAGGCGCGUUGGCUUGUGGUUCACGUCGGGCGUACUCGUGUUCAUUCUGAUGCCGACGUAUCUAGGACCCGCGUACGUCAAGUACGUGGCGGGUAGUGAGUGGCUGGAGCGGGUGUCGAAGUCGAUCUGGCAGAGGCGCAACGAGAAGGACUUCGAACUGUACAUGACGCAGCGCAAGAAUACGUGGGCGGAAUGGCUGGGCCUGAAGCGGUACAACAUCAGCGGGGAAGAGAACGACGGUGGCAUCCAGAAAUACCGAUGA